AUGCCUCCAAAACUUCAUCAACUUCAGAGUUUAUUAGCACAUGACGGAAACGUAAAAUGCGUAUCAAUAGGUGAAAAGACAGGCCAAAUUUAUGUUUCUGGUGGAGAGGACUGCAAUGUUAAUCUCUGGCAAAUUGGAAAUUCAAAUCCCAAAGUCUGCUUUGGGCCUUUUCAAUCACAAAUAACAGCAUUGAAACUUGACAAGGAAGAAGAACGACUUCUUAUUGGAAUUGCCCAAGGAUCUAUACUUCUUUACGAUCUAAAUGAUAAUAGAUGCCUUGCAACGUGGUCUCAAAACAGAGGAGAGAUCACGUCGCUUGCAUUUUCACCAGUUAAUCCAGAAAUUAUACUUGCUACUGAUAGAACAGGAAAAUUUAACGUUUUAUCAACAAAUUCAAGAAAACCGCUUCAAAUUUACAAUCAUCAUACAGGGUCCAUAAAUACAGUUGCUAUAUCACCCAACGGAGUGUUUGCUGCAACCGGUGGCGACGAUCAUCUUAUUAACGUUUAUGAUUUAUCGAAAGGCAAGAAAGUUGUUACACUCGAUGGAAAUAUGGAUGCAGUAUAUUCCAUAUGCUUCCAUCCAACCUUGAAUAUGAUCGUUUCUGCAGGUGCUGACAGAAGUUUACAUUUUUUCGACAUAGAUUCAUUCGAAGAGCUAAUGAACGACAUGAAUCCCGAUUCAGCACCAGUAGAUGCUGUUAGAUUCCAUUCAUCAGGCUCAGUUAUCAUUACAUGUUCUUCAGAUUAUCUUAAAUUCGUUUCUCUUCAACCAUUAAAGAUACAAGACCUAUUUACAAUUGCCCUAGAAACUAUACGCGACAUCUCAGUCUCAAUGGCUGGCAUUACAAUUGCUUCUUCCGUUGGAUCAAAAUUAAAUAUCCACAGAACGAAGCUUGAGUUCUUCAAACCCUUCAAGAACUCACCAGUAUCCCUUACUCCAGAGAUUGAUAACAUCAGCCAUCAAGUAAGUCAAACUCCUCCAAGAGUUGAAAUUCCAAAUCAGCUUCCAAUACCAACAAGGAACAGAGUUGGCAGCGAAUCGAAUGCUCAAACACCACAUAAGCGUUCUCAGCGCCAAAGAAUGAGUUUUGGCGAAAAUCCAGUUUUCAAAGAAUUUCGUGCCCGUAGACAGAUAUUUAUGACCAAGAUGAACGACAGAUACUCCAGGAUGACACGUAUCAACGAGUUCAUUGGCAAGAAAGGCCUCUCCAGGAUGUUAGAAUACUCAGCAAAAACAGGAGACAUGGGCGCAGAAAUUCUCACGAUUUUGAGGAUGAAACCUGAAGUUAUUCGAUUCUACCAUGGUGUAUUGAUGAUGCAGAUUGUGGAGAAGAUAAUGACUGCCGAGAAGGACCUUGCAAUUGCUACAACAGAGACAAUGCUACAAACUUUUGGAAGACAAGUUUUAGACGAACUCCAAAAUAAAAAUGGAGAAAGAUAUUCACAUGCAAAGAAGUUUGCGGACUCUUUCAAGUGCAUUGCGCCAUUCUUGAAGUCAAUAUCUAUAAGCCAGUCUGGUUCUGCUCAAACAGCUGCUGAUAUUUUGGAUGAAUGGCAAAUUUUGUUGAAAUUUUGA